AUGCAGAAUGGAUCGGCGGGUAUGCCGCCGCGUGAUAUGUAUGCAGGCCCACCGCCUCGCUACUCCUUGAAUAGCAUGCCGCCCCGGCCUAUGCGGCAUGAUGCCUUGGCGGCGCAUGGUAUGCCGUAUGGGUAUAGCAAUGCGCCCAUGUAUGGCGCGCCGCCGUCCUCUCAGUCUGCGCCGUCUAUGGACGUGGCACGCAAUGGCACUGUUGCGCCUUCGAUGCCGAUGCCGAACGAUGCCUCGACGACGGGUCCCUCGUACGACGCCAACGCGUCGUCCACAGCGUCGACUCCUCAUGGGCCUACGCCUACAGUGUACCUUGCGACGUACUCCUCGGUGCCCGUGUACGAAAUCACGGUGCGUGGGAUUGCGCUCAUGCGCCGGCGGUCUGAUGGCUACCUUAAUGCGACGCAAAUCCUGAAGAUUGCCGGGAUUGAAAAGGCGCGACGAACGCGUAUCCUCGAGAAGGAAAUACUGACAGGCGAGCACGAUAAAGUGCAAGGCGGCUACGGUACCUUCCAAGGGACUUGGAUCCCGCUGCAGCGUGCACAGGAGCUUGCGAUUAACUACAGCGUGUACCAUCUCAUCCGGCCUUUGCUGGAUUUCGAUCCCAGCGCCUCGCAGGCUGUCACAGCGCCUGGCCCGCAGGGCGUGAAGCGCAAGGCGGAUGCCAGCGCCUCCGCGCCGAAACAUACGCCGGCACAUGGGACGAGCACGGCCCCCCUUCGUGCGGCGACGCAGCAGCCUCGCUUCAUGUCCCUCAAGCCACCUCGCGCGCACGAUACCUUGCCUACCAGUGCGGGUGGGCUUCUUCAUACACUGCCGCUGGCCUCUGACGAGGCGGGUCAUGCCCCCGAUGGUACCACGCCCUCUUCGACCACGUCGACAUCGCAGGGCGUGCCUCCCGGCUCGCAUCCCGCCCAGCGCUCGGCGCUCGGCGCGUACGCGACGCAUGGCUAUGUUCCUCAAGGUGUGCCACUGCCUACGGCGGCCGCGACAGAGGCGACGACGACGACGACGACGACGACGGCUGCACGUGUGCCUGACUUGAAUGCGCUGAGCUCUGGCACGUUGCAAGGCGCGAUACCCCCCUCCGAGUCGGCAGCCGAGGACGUCGUGGAUCAUGCAGGCCCGCGCUUCGCUGAUAAGGCCGUCCCACCACGUCUAGGCGAUGAGCGUGAACGUCGUGCGCGUGAUCUCUUGACGGGUCUCUUUGUGCACGAGCCGCAAGCGCCGAACGCGUCCCUGGCGCCGCUGGAUCGUUUGCAAGCGCUGCUUCGCGAGCUGGGCCCGGACGCGCCGCGGCGCGCUCGCUCGCCGCUGAACUUGGUCAUUGACGAUCAUGGGCACACAGCGCUGCACUGGGCGGCAGCGCUGUGCCGUCUGCCCCUCGUACGUAUGCUGACGGCGCUCCCGCCCGCGCAAGGCGGCGCGAAUAUCUAUGUCGGGAACUAUGCGGGCGAGACGGCCUUGCAUCGCUCCGUGUUGGUGACCAAUGCGUAUGAACUCUCUCAAUUUCCGGACCUUCUUGACCUGCUGGCCGGCAGCUUGGAGACGCGGGAUCACCGCAAACGCACCGUGCUGCACCACAUUGCCCUGGUCGCUGGCCUGAAAGGGCGUGCGGCGCCCGCUCGUUACUAUCUUGGAUGUGUGCUGGAACGCCUCGCUUUGCACACCUCGAUGGCCUCUUCGCUGCUGGAUGCACAGGACGACGAGGGCGAGACGGCGCUGAGCAUUGCUGCGCGGCUGGGCAAUACCAACAUGAUCAAGAUGCUUCUUGAUGCAGGCGCGCGCAAAGACCUGCCCAACUACCUGGGCAUCACGCCGCUGGAUUGGGGCAUUAGUCAGUCGGCGCACGACGAGCCGGCGAGUGCGCCGACGCCUGUGCCUAGCACGUCGUCGUCGUCGCACGCGACGCAAGGUGUUUUGCAGGAGCUGGGCUCGUACCGUGCAUCGGAUGUCGUGCGCUCGCUGACGAAUCCGCCGCCGGGGCCAGUGAAGAAGAGCCAGGAUGUGCGUGAGAAGCUGGUCCAGACGUUGGACGAGCUGCAAUCGAUCUUUGAUCGCGAAGUGUCGACCAAGCAGGAGGCGAUUGAGACCACGCAAACGCACUUGCAAGCGGCUACGCGCGAAUUGGCAGCGAGGCGGCGCGAUAUGGCCGCUGCGCAGGCGGCUGUGACGGAGCGUGAGGAGCAGCGCCAGCGGUGUGAGAAUUUGACGCAGGCGCUGUCGACGCUCCCUACGCCGGCAGCCGAUGAGGCUACGACGCCCACAUGGACUCAGCCGAUAUGGCAGGAAGCCGAGGCGGCGCUGGCCCAGCCUACCGAUGCCGCGCUGGCCGCGGCGUUGGUCCGUCUGCGGUGGCUGAUGCAGUACCUUGCGCACGCGACGCGCGUCCAGACACAGGCGCAGGCCGAGCGGCAUCAAGCGGCGGAGGCGCGGCAGCGCAAGUACCACCAGGUGGUCGCCAUGUGUGCGCAGGUGCCGCCUGACAAGGUCGAUGGCAUGCUGGAUGAAUUGCUCGCGGCUGUAGAGUCCAUUGGCUCUGAUGUGGAUAUGUCCUCGGUCGCGAGUUUCAUGCACAAAGUCGGCCGUGCCCAAGCGGGCAUGGAGAUGCACUUGGAUCCGCCCGCCGUGCCGAGUGGGUAG